GACGUCUCUGGGCAGGGUCAGCGGGCCACCGGCGAGGGCGAAGGCGGGAGGAGCGGGGACUGGGGCCACGGCGAAGGUGGGGGCGGGCCAGAGGACUGAGGCCCGGUCCCUGCAGCGGAGGUGGGCGCGUCGCCGGCCCCUCCCGGUGCGGACUCGGGUUGCUCGCCGACGAGCGGCGGAACCACUGGUGUCGCCCCGGGAGACUCGUCCUGGUGGCGUGUAGUCAAAGGAUUGCUUGUAAGUCUGCUUCAGCAAACCUUUUGAUGCCUGACCUUCCGGUACGGAUUAUAGUCAAAAUUCCUGUUUAGAAAAUGGGUUCUACAAGACGCCUUGUUACCAUUAAAAGGAGCGGGGUCGACGGCCCCCACUUUCCACUGAGCCUUCAUACCUGCUUGUUUGGAAGGAGUAUCGAGUGUGACAUUCGUAUACAGCUUCCCGUAGUGUCCAAACAACACUGCAAAAUUGAAAUCAAUGGACAGGAGGCAAUAUUGUUUAAUUUCAGUUCCACAAAUCCAACACGAGUAAAUGGAUCUACUUUUGAUAAACCUGUACAGCUAAAACAUGGAGACGUGAUAACUGUUGUUGAUCGGUCUUUCAGGUAUGAAAAUGAAAGUCAUCAGAAUGGAAGCAAGUCACCUGCAUUUCCAGGACAAAGAUGGGAACAGGAGCCUUCGCGUCGGGUCUCAAGAUCUAGCUUCCCUUCCAACCUUGAUGGAAAAGUUCAAGAUUCCAGUGCCCGUUCAAAAUUCACGGAAGACGCUGCUUCCGGAAGGCCUGUGGUGCAUGGGAAGAAUGUCACAGGGGCUGGUAUUGUCUCAGGUGGCUCAGAAGAUCCUGUUGCUGGGAAGACACCUAACAGCGUUCAUUCCUCAGAACGUCCUGGAGAUAACGGCAGAAAUGCAACAGCUCCCACUGCUGGGGAUUCUCAAGAAGGUUCCGGUGUAAGAUUCGGGAUCAGUAAUGGAGAACUGAAGGCUUUUUCCUCUAGAAAGUGUCUUAAGGAGAGUGACCAAAAUGAGUCUCCCUUUAGGAAGCUUUAUGAGUCAAUGAAGGUGGAGUUAGAUGUGAAAUCAGGAAAAGUCAAUGCUCUUCAGAAUCGCAGAAAAUCAGGAUCACAGAGUCAUUGCACACCAGAAAAAGAAAGCACUGGUGGUUUACAGAGCGAGACUCUGGUCUCACUUAAAUCCAGACCCAAAUCGGGCCAAAGCCCCCAAAUUAAGGCAGACCCUGCUUCAGGAGAACAAGGAAGUAGCCAGACUGAGGGGAAGAGGAGUGAUGAGCCAUUUCAGACGCCCAAGGAGACCAGGAGUCCCAGCAGCCUCUGCACAGAGAUAGAGACGCUGCAAACCACGACCCCCGAACCAUAUUCACAACAAAGUCCCUCACGGAGUGGGCGGAGUAAAGACCUGAGUGUUGUCAAUGGUGGUGCGUCCCUGAACCUCGAUCAAAGUGAAGGCUCCAGGGCAGAUAUUAAAACGUUUCCUCCUCGGAAGUUCUUACCUAGUAUUCAAACGCCCGUUAAAGUUGAGAGUUUUGGAAAUACACCAGAAAAAUUUUGCCCCGGAAAGAGGAAGAGGAAUCCUACAAAUGUUGACGAUCUGACAACAGAAACAGAGAUUCUGCAUCAGACAAUUUCAGCUCCAUUGGUCCCUCAAGUUGAAAGGAAGAUUCAAAGCGAUUUUCUCAACAAGCCUGAGACGCUGGGCACGGCAGCGGAUCCGGUGAGCCCUGGGUUACCCGGUCUUAGCUCGGCUGAUGGCAGCAGCUUCGGCGAUUCCACGAAUAAGAUGGAUGGGGUGUCCCUGAAGAGGAGGCGGGUCUCCUUUGGUGGUCGCCUGAGACCUGAAUUAUUCGAUGAAAACUUACCUCCCAACACACCUCUCAAAAGAGGAGAGACACCAAAGCAAAGAAGGUCUCUGGUCACCCACACGCCAACCGUCCUGAAGAAAAUCAUCAAGGAGCAGCCUCAGCCGUCAGGGAAAGAAGAUUCUUCAGAAGUCUGUCUGGAGGCGACUGCACAGGAUGCGUUUGUGAGGCCUCCAGCUCCUAACGCUGCUCCCGCUUCUCCAGAUGCGCCCGGCCGAUGCCGUAGCUUAUCCAAGGCGUCUUCCAUCUCCAGCGACAGCAAAUCUCCACAUCAGACAGAUAUUCCCAAGAGAGGACGGAGAAAAAGUAGCAACCUGCCCUCCAAGAGAGCUUCCGUGGAUCGAAACCAGCAUGGCAUCUUACAGAUGAUUUAUUCCAAGAGAAGGAGUGGCGCUUCUGAGGCCAAUUUAGUUGUGGCAAAAUCGUGGGCAGACGUGGUAAAACUGGGCACCAAGCAGACCCAGACCAGAGCUGUUCAACGUGGACCUCCACGACCCCUGAGCAAGAGGCAAAGAAGAACCAAUAAUACCCCAAAGAAGCUGACUGGCAUCGUUCACAAUCAAUUUAGCACAGGCCACGCAAACUCCCCCUGUACCAUAAUAAUAGGGAAAGCUCACAUCGAGAAAGGGAACGGGCCAGCUCGGCCCUACAGGAUGCUGAACAACUUCGUGGUCAACAAACCAAUGGACUUUAGUGAAGAUCUUUCAGGGCUGCCUGAAAUGUUCAAGACUCCAGUGAAAGAGAAACCACAAAGGAUGAGCCUGUGUCCCUCCACUUUUUCAAAUUCAGAGGAUUUGCUUGGAGAAGAGCUUCCAGUACCUCAUUCAGGAGGAAAACCUCUGCUGUGUGCUUCAGAAAAUUCUGGACAGAAUGUGUCCCCCGGGACUCAAGAUGCACCUAAAGAGCUGUCUGAUCAACGUUCUGCAAGCCCUGCCUUAAGACGCCAGAGUAUUAAAAUUAAAAUAGAUGAAAGUAUUACGAAAACUCCCAGGAACGUGUAUAAAACAGCAGGUGCUGAGAUGGAAACUCCAGUGUCUGAGGCAAUGACACCAAAGACAACAUCAAGUGCAAAGAAGUUGAGAAGGUCCAUGGAGCUCAGAAGCUCACAGGCACCAGGUGUAGAGUGUAAAAACGAAGGCCCAAAACCUGACGCUCUUGAGAACGUCUUGGGAAGAUGUCUAAGGAAAGCACCACAGCCAGAGCAGAAGCUGGAGGGAGACGCGAAGGAGAGCGAAGCGCGGACAGAGCACAUGGGGUCAAAAGGGAAUUCCAAACACACGAUAGCUGUGAGGGGACCAAGGAGAGCCUCAGAGCUGAGGUGUGAGCUAGCAGCAGACCUGGCCGCCCUCGAGAGCUUGCAGGAGACACAGCCUGAGGAAGACCAGCUGGACAUCCCAAGUCUCCUACAGACCCCAGCUCAUGCCAAGGAAGCAGUGGAUGCAGAGAACAGAGCCACAAAAAUGCUCUAUAAAUCUCCCAGAUCAGGAACAGUCGGCACACCCACCAGGACAAACACACAGCUCAAGACACCUUCCUGGAAUGCGGAUGUAGAAGAUGCCUCGGCCCUCGGAAAACUCACACAGACACCCGGGAAGACUAUGCCCAUGCACAGAGAACCAGGUGAUGAUAAAAGCAUCAAAUUGUUUCAGGAAACUCCAAAGCAGAAACCAGACCCUGCAGAAAAUGUAGCUGGAAGUAAGAGGCGGCCAAGGACACCCAAGGGAAAGGCCCCACCCCUGGAAGACCUGGCUGGCUUCAAAGAGCUCUUCCAAAAGCCAGGUCAGGCCAAGGAACCAGUGAGCGAUGGUAAAAUCGCUCCAGUGCCCUGCCAAUCUCCACCAGCCGGACCAGUCACCAGGCCAGCAAGUAGAAAGAGGCGGCUCAAGUCACCGCCAGAGAAAGUGGGUGUAGAAGAGCCCUCAGCUCCCAGGAAGCCCACACAGACACCAGGGGAUAUGCAGAGAGAGCCUGUAUGUGAUGAAAAAGACAGCAAAGUGAUUAAGGAAACUUCAAGGCAGAGACUCAACCCUGCAGAAAAUGUAAUUGGCAUCAAGCGUCGGCUAAGAACAUUUAAGGAAAAGACCCAACCCGUGGAAGACUCGUGCAGUUUCAACGAGCCCUUCCAAAAGCCAGGUCAGGCCAAAGAACCGGUGAGUGACGUUAAAAUCACUGCAGUGCCCUGCCAAUCUCCGCCAGCCGGACCAGUCACCAGGCCAGCAAGUAGAAGGAGGCGGCUCCAGUCACCACUGGGAAAAGUAGACCUAGAAGAGCUCUCAGUACUCGGAGAGCCCAUCCAAACAGCAGGGGAAACCAUGCACGGAGAACCAGUAGGUGAUGAGAACAAUACCAAAGUGUUUAAGGAAACUUCAAGGCAGAACCCGGACUCAGCAGGAAAUGUAAUUUGUGUCAAGAGUCGGCGAAGAACAUUUAAGGAAAAAUCCCAACCCCUGGAAGAUCUGGCCAGUUUCAAAGAGCUCUUCCAAAAGCCAGAUCAGGCCAGUGAACUGGGAAACGAUGCUUCUGCAGUUAAGAGAGCCCCAAAGCAAACAGCGGACAGAAGAAGACCUGUAGAAAUAUCCCGAAGAGUCCUCAGGGCCCCUAAAGUAAGGUUCAUGGGAGACCUUGUGGGCAGCAGAGACCCUGUACAAUCACCAGGUGAGAGCUGCAGCUCCCCAUCCCCCAAGAGGAAACUGGGAGAAGAUGCAAGGGUUGUGGGCAGGAAGAGGCUAUGCCCCACGAUGGCUGCACAGGACGCUGAGGAAGAGAAGCCCCUCCAGAAGAAGCAGAGGACAGCCCCCAGGGAGAGACGGGAGCCCCCCAGACCCUCGGGAGUGAAGAAGAGAAGUCUGAGGAUUUUGGCACAAAGGACUAAACCUGUGGGAAACCUGCCCAACAAUGACAUGAAAACUAAAGCUACGGAUCCACAAGGAGAAGACACUCCAAAUGAGGGAAUGUCCCUGCGUACCAGGCGCCCCACUAAAACGAAUAUAGAGGAGCAAAGACCUGGGUCUCUUAUAUCAGCAGGAAAGGUGAAAAUAAAGAGAAGUGAAAAGAAGUCCAUGGAGACCUCCCAAGAGAUGAAGCUGCAAAGCCCAGAAGAUGCAGCGGAGAAUCCUACCUCUGGGGGCAAAGUUCAAGACAGAAGGAGGCCCUUGAGAUCUGGGAAGCAGAAUCAGAAGGCUCUGCCUGACGCAAUAGAGGAGACAGCAAGGCAGGAAAGGGUGGAAAUCCCCGUGAAGAAGCAGGAAGAGAAAGAAGUAACGGAAUAUUCAGACUUCAAGGGUUUGAGAUCCAGGAAGAUUACUCUCCGCCCUCAAGGAAACACUUCGGAGAGUGGAUCCGAGCAGAGAGUAACCCGGGGUGCCAGGAGAUGUGCCAACAGCCUCCAAAAGGAAAAUGACAAUGUGGGUGUCAAGAAAAUAAGAACCAGAAGUCAUCGCGACAGUGAAGAUACAUAGCCAAGAAGCUUAAAAGGGAAAAACACGUAAUGAAUUUAGUUUAGCGAUAAGUUGUAGUACAAUAUUUGCCGUACAUUUUAUAGUGAAUUCUGUAAAUAAUGCUAUCUGGAGGGGAGGGCAGGUUUAAGGGAAGAAAGCUUGGAAUUUUCUGACUCUGAAUAGUUUAUUCAAAACCUCCAUGUGGAGGUUAUGAAGGAGACUGCUGGGUCUCCUAAACUGAAAAAAAUUUAAAGCUUGGGUGGGUGGGGGGCAGGGGCGGGGGGGGGUUUGCCAAGGUGUGGCCUUCAACUUGGCGAGAUGAAGCCCUGGAGUUUGUGACUUCCACGGUCAGCCCCCAUUGGCCGUGGGCUCAGGCACUUGCCAUGCUGUGUUGUAAAUGUUUCCGUGUGUGUCUGUGUCCUUCAUGUACAUACCUCCUCCAUCCAAAUGUGAAAGGCGGGGCUUCUGUCCUGCACCCCCAACACCAGGCAGGCAUUCUGGAAAUAUGAAUGAGUGGGUAUAGGAAGAGAAAAAUGAAAGUUACAAGGUGUACCUUUACACUGGGGAGACCUCGGGUCCAGGCACGAGGGCUGUGGGUCAUCUGCACAGGACUGUCCUCUCCUUGGUGUCCUGACCACUUAAGGGAAUAAAUGUGUGAUGUGGAGGACAGUUUGCGAUGCCAUUUUCAGGGUAACGAGACUUUGAGGAAUGACGGGUAGCUUGCCUUUUCCACGUUGAGCAUCUUUGUCUAAACUAGGACUGCUUUCAUCUGAGAAGUCAUCGCCCCACUCAAUCUUAGGGCCAUCGGCCAGGGUGCCCCUCAAUUCCAAACUGUAGCACCCCUCUGAGCUUUCAUGUCAUCUGCAUAUUCUGAGCUUUCUGCAAAUCUGCUCUCACCUGUUUUCUCUGACCACACCUGUUGGCCUGUCUUAGUCCCCAGCAGGUCACCUUGGACGGAGCAACACAAACCCAAACGUUUCCCCCAAGAGAGCGGCCAUCUGACAGCCACAGAGCAUGAGGCUCUUCCCCCACCAUUUCUGAGUCACUUAACACGGGAGCCCAUGGCUCCUACAUCUCGUUUCAAGCCUGGACUUCCGUCUUUCUUCAGUUUCAGAGCCUCCGUCACACUGCUGUUCUGCUUUGUCCUCCUGUCCCUUUGUGUUCCCUAAAUCAGAAAUGAGCACACCUUCCCUCCAGUCACCUGUCCUCCCCAUUCACCUACCUUGCCAGGUGGAGGUAAGGAUGGAAGAUAAGAAAAGGUCGCUGUCCCCUAGAGUGUGACCUGUAACACUGGUGCCCCUGUCUGUCUACUCUUGUAACCCCCGUGUCUGGCAUGGAUCCAGGUCCAGAUAACAAUAAAUGUUUGCUGAACGAAUGCAUGAA